GAUAUCCGGUUCCUGGAGCAACGAACGGCGGCGGCUGCGGCGGCGGCGGCGGCGGCUACGGCGACGGCGACAGCUACAGCUUCUGAGGAAGCGGUUGCGGAGGAGGAAGAAGAGGAGCUGGGCAAGGCGAGAGCCACAGGCGGGACCCUCGCCAUGGGUCAGCGGACCUAGAGCGGUGGAAGGUACCGGCCGGGAGCCGAGCUGGCCGCUGCUCCUUCUUGUGGCCCCAUGGCUGAGGACUGGCUGGACUGCCCGGCCCUGGGCCCUGGCUGGAAGCGCCGUGAGGUCUUUCGCAAGUCAGGUGCCACCUGUGGACGCUCAGACACCUAUUACCAGAGCCCCACAGGAGACAGGAUCCGAAGCAAAGUUGAGCUGACCCGAUACCUGGGCCCUGCGUGCGAUCUCACCCUCUUUGACUUCAAACAAGGCAUCCUGUGCUAUCCAGCCCCCAAGGCCCAUUCCUUGGCCAUCCCCAGCAGGAAGCGGAAGAAGCCUUCGAAGCCAGCCAAGGCUCAGAAACGUCAGGUUGGACCUUCGAAGAGCGAAGUCAGGAAGGAGGCCCCAAGGGAUGAGACCAAGGCUGAUGCUGGCACAGUCCCAGCCUCACUUCCUGCGCCUGGGUGCUGUGAGAACUGUGGAAUCAGCUUUUCAGGGGAUGGAACCCGACGGCAGCGGCUCAAGACUCUGUGCAAGGACUGCCGAGCACAGAGAAUUGCUUUCAACCGGGAGCAGAGGAUGUUUAAGCGUGUGGGCUGCGGGGAGUGUGCGGCCUGCCAGGUAACAGAAGACUGUGGGGCCUGCUCCACCUGCCUUCUGCAGUUGCCCCAUGAUGUGGCCUCGGGGCUGUUCUGCAAGUGUGAGCGAAGACGGUGCCUCCGGAUUGUGGAAAGGGUGAGUCGGGCAGGUGGGGUGGGCCCGAGGCUCACCUGCACUCCUGACCCUCAUAGCCCUGGCCCCAUGCGUCACACCUCCGGCCCCCCACAGAGCCGAGGGUGUGGAGUGUGCCGGGGCUGUCAGACCCGAGAGGACUGUGGCCGUUGUCGAGUCUGCCUUCGCCCUCCCCGCCCUGGUCUCAGGCGCCAGUGGAGGUGCGUCCAGCGGCGUUGCCUGCGGCACCUUGCACACCGCCUCCGCCGCCACCAUCAGCGAUGUCAACGACGCCCUCCCCUAGCUGUGGCUCCCCCUGCUGGUAAACACGGCCGCCGCAGGGGAGGCUGCGACUCCAAGGUGGCUCCCCGGCGGCGCCCCCCCCGAACCCAGCCACUGCCUGCACUUCCGCCCUCGCAGCCUCCAGAGUCUCCAGAGCUGCACCCCAGAGCCCUGGCCCCCUCGCCACCUGCUGAAUUCAUCUAUUACUGUGUAGACGAGGACGAGCUACAGCCUUACACGAACCGUCGGCAGAACCGCAAGUGUGGGGCCUGUGCGGCCUGCCUGCGGCGGAUGGACUGUGGCCACUGCGACUUCUGCUGUGAUAAGCCCAAAUUCGGGGGCAGCAACCAGAAGCGCCAGAAGUGUCGUUGGCGCCAGUGCCUGCAGUUUGCUAUGAAGCGGCUGCUGCCAAGUGUCUGGGCAGGUUCCGAGGAUGGCGCCGGGCCACCCGCACCUUACCCGCGUCGAAAGAGGCCUGGCUCUGCUCGAAGGCCCCGUCUGGGUCAGACCCCGAAGCCUCCCUUGGCCACGCCCAUGGCCCAGCCAGACCGUGCCCAGACUCCAGUGAAGCAGGAAGCAGGCAGUGGCUUUGUGCUGCCCCCGCCUGGCACCGACCUCGUGUUCUUACGGGAGGGUGCAAGCAGUCCCGUGCAGGUGCCUGGCCCAGCUCCAGCCUCCACAGCGGCUCUGUUACAGGAGGCCCAGUGCCCUGGCCUGAGUUGGGUCGUGGCCUUACCCCAGGUGAAGCAAGAGAAGGCGGAUGCCCAGGAAGACUGGACACCGGGCACAGCCAUCCUGACUUCUCCUGUAUUGCUGCCUGGCUGCCCCAGCAAGGCAGUAGACCCAGGCCUGCCACCUGUGAAGCAAGAGCCACCUGACCCUGAGGAGGACAAGGCGGAGGAGAACAAGGAUGACCCCACCGCUGACUUGGCCCCAGAGGAGGAGGCAGGAGGGGCUGGCACGCCCGUGAUCACGGAGAUUUUCAGCCUGGGUGGAACCCGCCUCCGGGACACAGCAGUCUGGUUGCCAAGUCUGCAGGGCAGGCAAUCGGGAAGGGAAGAUGGAUGUAAAGAGUGGGAGACCGAGGAGACACUGGCGCCCACGAGCACGAGCUGCAAACCACGCGGAUGGCCCGGAACCCAUGUCAGCCUCUCACCACCUCCAACUUCGAUGAUGUGGGUUUCCUGCAGAAGAAGCUGGUGCCCUUCAUCACAGAGUUAAAUAUGCAUCUGGGCCAGGAAUUAGAGAAGCUGAAGGAAGAUCCUGGGGAAGGUGGAGCAGCUGCAGGCCUGGCUGCAGGCCUGACUGCUGCCCCAUACCAACGAGGUGAGCCAGCAGAUAAAUGACAUGUGUGAACUGCAACAGUGCCUGGUGCCCCUGCACCAACCUUCCGAGUGUGCUGCUGCUUCACUUCUGCCCUCCAGAUAUCACGCAAAAUGUCUCUUGUGGCCCAUCCUAACCGGAAGCGUACGGGGAAGGGAGUACUGGGAAACGUAGCCUAGUCAAGGUGACACGUUACAAAGCCACCCUGCCAUGAAUCAGCUCCCAAGGGUCUCACUACUCACCUGAGGAUAAAGGAUAACGUGAUAAAGCUGCGUUGCUGAAAAUGCAAAGCUGAAGACCAUGGAUUUCAUGGUGACCCCAGCAAGUACAGAAAUUCUGUCAAGCCCACCCAGAAAAAACUUGCUGGUCUCGGCUAUUUUUGUGUCAUUCGAGUAUUGAGAACCUGGCCCAUGGUAGGCACUGUACUUAAUACUGGGAUUCAGGAAUGAAAAAGAUAUAGUCCAUGCAGUUUUAUUAAAUACAUCAAUAUGUAUUUACAAAUGGUGAAUGGAUUUCCAACUUUAUCGUGGAAUUUAAUGGUGAAAACACAGAAUUCAGGAAACUGUUGGGAGGACAGCCCUUGCGUGAACCUUGUUGGGGCACAAUAGGCAUUGGAAAUAAUAUAAAUAGUUUCUAUCUCUAUGCUGUUCUAUUUUAAAAUUAUUUUUAAAUGAUUUUUAUUGUCCCGUUUACUGAUUUAUACACUUAGUGUUUCUUUUGGAGACUCUUGAUGGUGCUUAAGUGUUGAUUGACUGCCUCUGAGAAAGUGGUAUAGUGGGUGGCAAGAGCAAGGUCAGGUUCUGUCCGUGGACCUUGGGUGAAUCACUUCUCUUAGGCCUCCCAGGAGGUUGAGACUUGGUUGAAAGCCUCGUCUCACCGGGCUUGGCGCCUGGCCCAGCCCCUCCACCCACUGAAUAGGCCCGCCAGGGGGCUCCGGCGCCCGGACCGCGGUCCUCCCACCGGGGCUCGGGAGACGCUGCCCCUCACCCGCCUGCCUGGGCGGCCGUGGGGCGUGGGCGUGGCCUCCGCUGGGUCCAGGCUUCUGUUCCCAAGCCGAGCCGUCACGGUGGGAAGCCGAAUCCCCUCUUCACAAAGUGGCUCAACAGGUAAAACCGAAGCGGAAUUAAAUUACGGGACACGCCCAGGGUGAGGGCGCGGCAAGACGAGCUCAGGACCAACGCUGGGAUGUGCAGGGCAGCCGGGUAUUGCCAAGGGUCCAUUUCCCCUGUCUCGCUGAAAACUCCAGGCUGUAGACCUCGGAGGUUACUUACCGACGGGCGCCCAAGGAUCUCAGUGGCUUUUACCAAAACCCGCUCCUAGGCCGAGGGCGUUUUCGUCGCUUCUCUUGCCCAAGGGUGUGGUGUCAGGGUGCUUCCACCCAGACCAGCCGGCGGGCCAGGCACCCGUGGGAAUCGAAGAUCAAGGAACUGGCCCUCAGGACAGUGUCCAGGGAACGGAGACAACCAUCUAAUUUCUUUCUUUUUUGUUUGUUUCAGGCUACGUAAACUCUUAGCAGUAAAUGAAAAUGAGUAUUUUUCCGAACUGCAGUUGAAGGAAGAAGCUUUAUAGGACAUAAAAGACAAAAUGAGAGAAUUAUUAAAAGAAAGUUUGAAAGAGAAGAGAGACACUGUUUUGUGGCUGAAAGCCUGAACCAGCAAUUCAGGAAAUGGAGUCCAAACCUAGAAACAUUACUGCCUACAAAAUCCGAAGUGGGCGCAUUACAAAUGAUUAAGCAAUGCUAAUUUACCGUAAAUUGCGGUCUUAAGAUGGGAUGCACAGUACUAUUUGUACUUUGGUUAUUACACGUCAGUGACCGACUAGGUGCUGAUUUUUUUGUGUGUUGUAGUGAUGGUUCUAUGUUCACCCCCACUAUAGAAAGAGUACCAAAGUGUUAUUUGGCUUUUAGGUAUUAACUACCACCUUGCUCUUGACCAGAAGUACAGCUGUGGUCUCCACCUGUGCUGAGGGCCCCUUCUAGGUUUCCUGACCUGUGUUGUUUUCCUGCCUGGGAUCCGGAAUCUCAGAGCCCGAUCACCUGCAAUUCUAAUCCACAUCCUACCCCUGGCCCUAGUUUUUAUUGUGCCCAGCCAGGUCGUGUCACUGCCGUACCAGCCCAUCUGAUUGCCCCCCAUCCUAGGGUACCUCAAGUCUAAGCCCCGGUUUCCUGAUUUUAUUAACAAAUUUGUCAUUACUGGUUGAGUUGGCUGACAAAACAGGCUCUCUCAGCUUUAAUUGUUUAGUUGUAAAAUGAGGAUAAUACCCGCUGUUCCAUCAAUCUUGUAAGAUAUUUGUGAGGCUCAGAGGUUUUAUGUGUGAAAAUAACUUGUAAAUUCCUGUAAAGAACUACGCGAAUAAGGUUGUCUUGUGAUGAUUUAUGUCAUGAAGAUUAACUUAGAGAUGGCCUCAAAUUUUAGCCCACCAACAAAAUGCCCACUAACCUUUCUCAUGCUUUUAGACCGAUUACAAGAUAUAAAUAGAAAAGUCAAUUGGAAUGUAGUUAGAUCUUCGACUAAACUUCGGGUUAAGGAGGCUCUUUUUCUGCUAUUUGAUGAACCCUGGAAGAAGGGAGUGAGGUCGGCGGGAGGCCUGGCGGAGGGCGGGGAGAGGACUGCGCAGACUCAGCUUUUCCACUCCCAGAGGAAGUCGUGAGUGCUGGAGUCUAUGGUCACCAUGGUGACGAGACCAACUUCCGCCCCCCUCACCUGCCCUGAUCCCCGCGAGGCGCACCAUGGCAACCGGACCUCUGCGUCGCGGAAUCUGGUCCCUCAGGUCGCUGUGGUUGGGGAACCGCGGCGGGCGUCGCCCCGAACCCGAGGGGACUCGAAAAUGUACAGCCAGCGAUUUGGCAUCGUACAGCGGGAGGUUAAGGGCCCCACUCCCAAAGUGGUGAUCGUGGUAAGCACGGGAUGUGUGUGCGGGACCCUACCGCUUUCUGCGUCUCCCCCAACUCAGCGCAGCCCACCCUGGCCCCCAGCAGGGGCUCUCUCGAGGGAAGCAGGUGCUUGAUGCAGCAGCUUGCAUUUUGAAAGAGGGAAGGAUAAGGUCUCUUGCCUAGCUCUUGUACUCCGUCCCUCCCUACCCCCCAACCCCCCGCGUCAUAUAAUAUUUACUUUCUGUAUUUGGAGAAACACCACUUUAGAUCUUGAGAGUUUUCAGUCUUCCAAGACUGCUGAAAGAGGUCGUCCCUUUGCAAUGCGGAGGGUGUGUCAAGGAAACGGUGCUGGGUCAGGCGGCAGGAAAUCUGGGGUCUGGGCUGGCAGUGAUGCAGCUGUACGGUCUUGGGCUAGUUCUACACGCCUAGGAAAAUCGUGUGUUGAAGGAGUAUUGGGCUGUGAGGGGUUGUGAGUGGUUAUAGAGCCCUUUCUCUGCUGACUCAACCAUAACAGAAGCGUCCCUGCAGGCCUGGGAAUAGGAGGUUGGUUGCCUUUAAGGCAGGGGAGGUGGUAGGAGGCCAGGGGAAUGCUGCGUGCUGCAGAUCCUGCUCAGAACCCCAGAAGCUUGGUCCAUGCACCUUUGUUUCUACACACUGGUUUCUACAGGCUAGAAAACCACGUGUAGGCAGGCAAUUAUAGAGGUAUUAUUUGAGCCCCUGCUGUGUGCACAGCUCUGUGGAAAAUACAGGGGUGAAUACAGCGACCCUGGGAGGUUUACCCUUCUUUAGAAGUCUGAUCCCUGCCUUCACGUUGCUUAUCAUCUAACUGCAGAAACAACUUGCUCAUGCACAAAACCAUCAAAGGUUAACACAGUAUGUAAUGAUGUGCUAUACUGUCUGUGUUGGAACAUUGUGGAAGAAAUAUCAGGGAUAAUGAAGGGUGCAGUUUUAUUAUGGUCCAUAGUGCGCAUAGCAGUUCUCAAUGCCCCCUCUUUUUUAGGUCCAGGGACUGUAGGAUCUGGGUUUGGAAAUCAGUAGAGUGGAGUCUUUUACAGUCUGUACGGUUCAAGGUGAUCAUUAUAGACAGACUUUAUGAGGGACAGAAAUUGAUGUACUUUGGGUUCUGUACGCGAACACUGAGCUCAGGGGCUGGGCCAUUGGUCAGGUGAUAUUACUUGUGUUGGGAACCAAUAAGGAUUUCUGUUCCACCCAAUUACCACCAAACCGGAGAAGGAGGCCUAUUGAAUACUUUAAGCUUAUAGAAGAAUAAAGAGGAAAAGGAAGAGGUCAGAGCUGGUGUAUCUCAGAUGUCAGAGUGUGAUAAGAAGUGUGGAUGUUAGAGGUUGCAGAGUUGUGGUGGGAGAAGAAUUAAAGCCACCAGAGAUGAGACUUGGAUGCUAAACAAUUCCUCCAGGAGAAGUUGGUGAAAGAUGAAAUGUCUGAAGUAAUGGAGAAGCAAAAGGAGCGGCUAUUUGGUGAGUGCCUCCUAGGAACCCAGUUAUUUACUUCUUGAAAUAGUUUUUUAGGAGGACAUUUAUUUUGCUCAUUUUGACAGGUGAGAAAACUGAGACUUAAAAAGAUUAAGUAACUUGCUCAAGAUCACACAAUUAGUAAUCAGUAGAGGCCAGGAUCAAACCUAGGCUGUAAGACAUCAUUCUUUAAGACAUUAAACUGUAAACUGUAAUAGUAGAAACUAAUUUGAGAUGUUGCAGUAACAAAAGCCUUCAGUGACCUUGAAAGUACAGAGUAGUUAUUAAACCCUUUGUUCUGAAUUUAGCAUGGUUUAAGAGUUGCAGUGUCCAUUAUGGUGGCCACUAGCCACAAAUGGCUUUUGAGCACUUGAACUAUGCGUAGAGUCACAUGUUGAAAUGAUAAUAUUUUGGAUAUAUUGGUUAAAUAAAAAUAUAUUAUUAAAAUUAAUUUCCCCUGUUUCUUUUUACUUUUUAAAAUACAGCUACUAGAAAAUGUUAUUAAAUUAUAUAUCUGGUUUAUAUUAUAUUUCUGUUAAACAGGACAGGUUUUGAUUACAUAAUGCUAAGACUCUGCAUGGAUUGGCACCACCUCGUUGUUAGAGAACUCCAGAUCAUACCUGUUCAUCCAGAGAUAAGGUCCUUCCUGAUCACAAAGUCCUACACAGGAUGCCCAAGCCUUAAAGUGCUUCCUAAUCCCCAGCUACUGCUCAGGCUGUUUCUCACCACCCUCCACCCCCAUCCCCCUCUUCAGUCAAAAUGUACCUCAGAACCUGGUUCUUGCCCUGACAAUUUGACAAUUGAUUCCUUAUGACCUUGGUGCUUGGUUCCUGUUCUCAGCCCAUUUGUCUACUGGGAGCGUGAGUUCCUAUGUAUAUCCUGCCCAGGGUGCAGUCUUGACCCAGCUCUGCUUUGUUGUCACUGAAUCCACGUUCAUAAAAUGUUUUAUGUAUUAGAGAACAGUAGUUUGUUAACUAAAUCUAGGCUCUAAAUAAUUUGGAUAUGAAUUAGCUACUUCCCAUGAUGUAACCCUCAACAUCAUCCUUUGUCUCCAACCUACCUCAGUUUUGUAUUAUCUUGUUCAACUAAUCUAGGUGUGUGUGUGUGUGUAUAUAUAUAUAUAUAUAUAUAUAAAAAAUAUAUAUAUACACCAUGAGCCCUGAAUCUUUUCAAGAAGCUAUCUUCACAUGUUUAUUUUCUUUCCCUAGGAGAUUCCCUUACCAAGUCCCAAUUCUAAGUGUAAAUGAUCAGAUUGACUCUGCCACAUGAGUUAAAAGUUUUGUUACUGGGCUUCCCUGGUGGCGCAGUGGUUGAGAGUCUGCCUGCCGAUGCAGGGGACACGGGUUUGUGCCCCGGUCCGGGAAGAUCCCACAUGCCGCGGAGCGGCUGGGCCCGUGAGCCAUGGCCACUGAGCCUGCGUGUCCGGAGCCUGUGCUCCACAGCGGGAGAGGCCACAACAGUGAGAGGCCCGCGUACCGCAAAAAAAAAAAGUUUUGUUACUGUGAAUCAGCACACCAGAGUCUCACUACUCACCUAAGGAUGAUUUGAUAAAACUGGCUGAAAAUACAAAGCUCAAGACCAUGGAUUUCAUGGUGGCCCAGGAGGAGCAGGAAUCACAUCAAGCCCACCCAUAAACAUUGUUUCAUUCAUUCAUCUUUCCCAUUCAUAUUGAGAACCUGAUGCUGGUAGGCAUGUUCAUUGCUAGGAAUACAGAAAUGAAAAAGAUAUAGUCCACAUGAUUUUAUUAAAUGUGUCAAUAUGUAUUCACAAUGAUGUAUGCAUUUCCAACUUUCUGGUGGAAGUUUGUAUAAAAUGAACAUAUUUACAGAAAUUCAAUUUACCCCAAAAUGUCAGGAGCACAGCUCUUACAUUAAACUUCUGGGCACAAUAGAAAUAGGAAAAAAGUUCUACCACUAGGGGUUUUUUUUUUU